UAUGUCAUAGUGUCAGCUGUCAAUAUUUACUCUUUGUGAUUUCUUUCUUUUCGCUCUGUCAGAUUCACGCCCGUUUAUCGAUAUAAAAAUAUUUUUAUUUAAAUAAGUAUAUAUUUAUGUGACAGUAUAUUCGAAAAAAAAUAAGUACGGCUUUUGACAUUUCAAGUAGUGUGAGAAACGAAAUUAUUUCUCUCUUGUAAAUUUGUGAAGGUACUCUGAGGUAAUGACAUCCCGGUGAGGGUGGAGAAAUUGUUUUGGGUUGAAAACUUUCUAUCUAUGCAUCUUCAGAGAAUAUGUCAAGCCUGAAAAUUGUCAUGGCAUUGUAGAGAUGGCGCACGGUAGUGAGCGGGCGGGCGUCGCCGGCCUCUGAGGUCGGGCUGUGGAAGGCAUGCUGGAGGCCAGGGCGGCCGGCGGAGCGGAACACGGCUGGCAAGCCAGGCACAUGGCCGCGAUGAGGCACGGUACGGUCACCACGGGAACCGCUGCAGCAUGCCGGCGCGGUUUGCAUGCUCCUGCCGCUCCUUCUCGCGCCUCUCGAACAUCCCGCCCAGCGAGUGUGUGUGUCUUGUGUGGCUCCUUCACGUAGGAUGCUCGCCUGCAUGAGUACUUUUACCUCGGCCGUGGUGUUAACUUAGCGCCGGAGGCUUCCCGCAUCAUGUUGGGCUUGUGUAGCGGCAAAACAAGCCAAGACGAUGUUUGCUACGUGGUGGCGAAGUACGACUACGCAGCGCAAGGGGCCCAAGAGCUGGACCUGCGGAAGAACGAGCGGUACCUCCUUCUGGACGACUCGAAGCACUGGUGGAGGGUCCAGAACGCCCGCAACCAGGCGGGAUACGUGCCCAGCAAUUACGUGAAGAAGGAGAAGCCGUCGCUGUUCGACAGCAUUAAAAAGAAAGUGAAAAAAGGAUCUGGCUCUAAAACUCUUCCCUCCAGCAACUCACCUUCUCGGGCCAUAGAGUCUCCAACGAUGGGUCGUAGGCUUCCAGCGGAUCCUGCGGAGGCAAUAGGGACGGCCAUUGUUAAGUACAACUACCAGGCCCAGCAAGGGGACGAGCUGUCCCUGGUGAAGGGCACCCGCAUCCUGAUCCUGGAGAAGAGCAACGACGGCUGGUGGCGGGGCCAGAGCGGCUCCGCGGCCGGCUGGUUCCCCAGCAACUACACCCAGGAGGAGGGGGACGCGGACGAUACCCUCCACACCUACGCCAUGGCCGAGAACGUGCUGGACAUAGUCGUGGCCCUGUACUCCUUCUCCUCCAACAACGACCAGGAGCUGUCCUUCGAGAAGGGCGACCGGCUGGAGAUCCUGGACCGGCCGCCGUCCGACCCGGAGUGGUACAAGGCCCGCAACGGCCAGGGCCAGAUCGGGCUGGUCCCUCGCAACUACCUGCAGGAACUCAGCGAGUACCUGACCCAGCCGUACCGCAGCCGCGACGGGACCGGGGACAGGCAGGACCCGCUGGACAAGAGGCCGGACGGCAGCGCCGUGGGACCGAGGGUGGCGGACCGCCCCCACCUGGUCGGCAAGCCGUGGUACUACGGCAACAUCACCCGCGCCCAGUGCGACACACUUCUCAACCAGCACGGCCACGACGGAGACUUCCUCAUUCGCGACAGCGAGACGAACCUGGGAGACUACUCGGUGUCGCUGAAGGCCCCCGGUCGCAACAAGCACUUCCGCGUGCACGUGGAGGGGGCGUUGUACUGCAUCGGCCAGCGCAAGUUCCACACGCUCGACCAGCUGGUCGACCACUACCAGCGGGCGCCCAUCUACACCAACAAGCAAGGGGAGAAGCUGUACCUGGUGCGGCCGCUGCCCAAGGCUGCCAACAGCUGCUAGGCGCUCCACCCUUCCUCCCGUCUGCUCUCUGCGUGUUCUGUUGGGUAGGGAAACUAGUCAUCGUGGGGCGCGUUGUACAAAUAUUUUUUUUUAACAUCAUUGCCAUAUAUUGCGGGGCUGCUGUAAAACAAAAUUGAGAGUGCUGACUUUGUAAGACAAUUGUGCAUAGUGUGUGCUGUUAGUGAAGGUAGGUCAUACAAUUUUUUAUUACGUAGAAGUUCAAAUGUACCAUGUGAGUUGGUUUUUUUUUUUUUUUUUUUUUUUUCUCCUCUCUGCAUUUUCCAAGUGCAAAACUGGAGCACUAUUGCUGAUAGUGCUGUAGAUAUUUGUUAGUAACAAAAUGUGAAGUUUAUUUUAUCGUUUACAACAGGAGACCGUUUGAGUUGGAUGUCAGUACUGAGUUGUCCUAUCGCUGUAGUCUUUUUUCAGGAUCGCAUCUGACCAUGAUUAUUAAGUUUGGUUGCCAUGGUGAAAGUUCUCUCACAAAAGUAGUGGUAAUGUGAGUAAGUGAUAGUUUUGGUCAAUUAUAAUCUGUUUAUGUGUGCAGUGUGGAAGUUACUGUUGUGUUCAAAUUUUUAAACAUAGUAUAUGAUGUCAGCAUUUUUUUUUUAAUUGUUGUGUUUUAAAGGGGGUAAAUCCUGCAAAGGAAGAGGGAAUUUGUUAACAAUUGGUUUGGUAGAUAAAACAGCCUUGGGAAUCGUAAGAACUUUGCCGAUAAAGCGAGCAGGUACACACAAACUGCCAGGUUUUAUUAUUAUUAUUAUUAUUAUUAUUAUUAUUAUUAUUAUUAUUAUUAUUAUUAUUAUUAUUAAAACACUGUUUAACUUUUUAAUUGGCAAGCAGAUUAAUUUACCAUUUAAGCUCGUAUUCAUUAAUUUGAAGAGUAGGCAGUUUGACACUAAUGUUGGAACAAUGUAACACAGAUGGUUUUAUGUCACAAAGUACACUAAGAGUGGAGUCGUGAUAGUAACUUAUUGCAAUAGUAGCCACGAAUGUAACAAUAGCGGUGUCAGUGAGGUUUAAGGUGUCUUGCUCAGCUUGAGAGGCAAGAGACUGUAGUUUGUGCUCAACUUUCAGCAAGCUCAGUGUGUGUCUAAGUGGUCCGUAAACAACCUUGGACAUUUGCAUAAAAUAGCAUCUUUAAAUCCUCCUCUUACAGUUGGACUUUGCUAAUAUGAGUACAGGAUAUUAAGAGAGGUCCAAAGGUACGAGAUUAUUGUAAUGCACGAUCAGUAGUUAAUCUGUGUGAUACUCAAUAGAGCUCUUGUGGUGCCAUUUUUGUAAGUACGGGUUAUUUACACUGCCUCUUUUGAGCUGCAUGGAGUUAUUGAAAGAGAAGUUGCUGGUUUCUGCAGAAUAAAAGACGAGAAAGGAGGAGGAGUGGAUUGUGGAUUGGGGGAAAUGAAGUGGGACUGCCUGGGGUGGUUAUCUGCCACUAUCUAUAUACACAUGCACACGGUCAUUCUGAAUUCAACAGACAAACUUUGGUACAUCACAAAAGUUUGUGAAAAAUAAAGAUAUUACCCCCAAUUAUUUUAAAGAAAUAAUUUUGUGACAGCGACAAAAUUGGUGAUGGUUGCAGUAAUUCGUUGAAUUAAGGGGGUGCUUCACAUUUCAGGUCAUGAUUUAUAUUUAUAUUAAUCACUGAUCAACUUUUAGACUUUUUCAAUUGUUUAACUUUCACGAGAUGAAAAAUAUGUAUAUACAGAGCAUACUUUUUCCAUAAUUAGCUGCCAAAGUUACAUUUUUAACGUUUUUGGGUUGUACAAAUAAGGAGAACUUAAUUUAUUGUUGAACAGAAACUUUUUAUGUUUAACUGCAAUGCCACUGGCUACUUCAUGUAAUGGUUUUCAUUUCUAUCUCAAAAACUCAUUUCAUGUUUUUUGGCUGUCAAAAUCCAAACAAAUUUGAGAAUUUUUAAAUGCCAGGUAAAAUUAAUUAAUAUUUUCUGAUAUAAUUUCAAACCAUUUCUUGAAGUAGCCAGUGGCAUUGUAGUUAAAACUAAAAAGUUUCAGUUCUUCAAUAAAUAAAUUUAUCCUUAUUUGUACAACACAAAAAUGUUAAAAAUGUAACUUUGGCAUCUAAGUAUGGAAAAAGUAUGCGCUGUAUAUAUUUUUCAUUUAGUGAAAGUUAAACAAUUGAAAAAGUCUACAAGUUUAUCUGUAAUUACUGUAGAUAUAAAAUCUUGACCUGAAAUGGAAGGCUCACUGUUCAGUCUUAAAUACUUCAAUUAUUUACAAUGCAAAUGUUGUUCAAAGAUAUAUAACAGCUUAGGGAAGCACAUUAUACCACAAGUUGUACACAUAUUUUCAACUUAUUGAUGAACCAGCAGCCAAUUUUUUUCUGUUAAAUUCAGACACUUCUGGUGCAUCUUUCUCUCUCUCUCUCUCUCUCUACUUUUUAUGUAUAGUGUAAUGUGCAAUCUCAUCCAUUAUGACUCAUAGAAGUGAUAGGUUUAACACCAAUAAAAUUCAAAAUGUUAAAGAUACAAAAAAAAAUUGGCAAGGUUUUUUUUUAUUUUAUUAAAUUUGCAACAAUUUUUUAGUUUUUGUAAUUUUAGUCUAUGAUGUACCACCAUUUUGGAUAUUUGGUAUGUAAUUUAUAAAAAAAAUUUAAGGUCUGGCUAUCCAGUUUUUGACUUAGAUAUUUCAUCAUUAUUGGCUGUUACAAGUACCAUAUUCAACCUUAAAUAAGAUGAGAGUUUUUAUUUGGAAGACCACCUAAAAAAUCGGGGGUCGUCUUGUAACAGACAGCAAACUGUAUCAACAACCAUUUAGGUUAGGUACUUUGUUUGAUUGAAAAAAUUGUUUAAAUUACAGAAGUUUGAUUUAUUGUUUUAAUGAAAAGAAAUAUAGGUAAGUUAAGCAUUUUUAAUUCACACAGAUUAUUUGUGCAAGAAAAUUAAAAAUUGUUUAUAUUUUUGUUGUGAUUCUGUUCAGUGACUUCCUACUAACCAGGAAAGGACUAAGGUGAGUUAAUAAUUUUUGUUGGAACCUUGACUUGCAUAACUGGGGGCCGUCUUAUUCAGGGUCGACUUAUUUUCGGAUGAGUAUGGUAACUCAGUAUUACAGAAUGUUUUGCCGAGGUCAUAUUUUUUCAGUUCCCAUAGUAGUGAGAUUCCACUAUACUUAAAAAUUUGCCUGUACUUUGUCUUUCUAUGUUUCGAUACUUCAUUUUUUCCUCGCUAUCCUAACUUGUGUUCAUUUAUAAAUACUGUUGUAGCUGUUGGAUUAAGUUGUUUCAUCUAACUGAAUUAAAUAUUGAAAACCAUUACUAAGCUUCUUUUAAACAACCUACACUUUUUUUUUCUUCCAGAAAGUUAGUGCUAAAAGUUAGGUGCAGGUUUUAGUAUUUUUUUAAAUUCAUUUAACCCUUUGAACUCCUAUUUUGAACCAGGUUUGCCGUAUUAAAAAUCCCGCUCAAUUAUUUUUCAAGUAUAGCUCUCUAAUUUCUUGAAUUGUGUGCAAUUGCUAUGCAAUGUGAUUCCAAGGGAGAGGAGAGCCAGAUUCAACAAGGGAUUGGAACAGGAUAUUAAGGAUGGCGAACCUUGCUCGACAUAGGAGUUCAAAGGGUUAAAGUUUUUUGUUUGAUGAAGGACUACCUUCGUGACAUUAUUUCUGAACUACCCUUAAUACAGUUUAUUUCUAUUUUUGAGGUACUAAUUAUUCCAAGUUAUCUUACAUUAGAAGUUUCCUUAUCACUAUUCAUGGUACUCUUGUAUUUUAAGUAAUCAAAUGAGUCAUUGUAUAUUUGAAUGUUAAUAGUGUUAAAAAUUCAAGAAUCUGAAAUACAAAAUUUUGAAUUUUAUACUUCUGAUUUCUUGCACAGAAGUGUAGUGUCCUUAUUUUAAAAACAGUAUGCCUAAGUUACUGUUAAUCUCCAUGGUUAAUACUGUUUACAUUUUUAUAUUGUAUUUUCAUUAUCGAAAUAUUUUUAUCCUAAAAGUUUUGCUGUGUGCUUGGUAAAACUUGUAUUUUCAUGUGUUUUGGGAAUUCCUAUUGUAGUUCUUACAACACCUUUGUAUUAUGUCAAGUUAAAUAGUUUGGUUGAAUUUUUUCAUUCUUGGUCUCUUUUUGUAAAGUUGUGUGUGAGUCUGGUCGUAGUAUGUUCUGCUGAUGGUUAUUUUUACACAGUUCAUAAAGACACUAUGCGUAUUAUGUGCGUACAUGUGCGUAUAUGCGUACAUGUGCGUAUUACAGGUUGUAUCUGGAAAAGUAAGAUUCAUUUGCUUUAGGCAUUAUCUUAUUGACAUUAUAAAAUGUAAAGAAAGAGUUUUCCUACCAAACAGAACACAGCACACACUAUUUGGAAAUAUACAUAUUUCUUGUUGCAGGAAUCCUGCUCUGUGAUUUAAAACAAUUUUUGCUCCUUUUACUGUUGUGCGAAGAGAAAAUUAUAUUGAUGUGCUAACUAUGUGAAAGUGUCAAAGGACAUCCAAUUGACUGCUGUUAGGUGUGCGAGCAAUGCGAGAAGCAAAAUGUCUUCUCGGAAGUAACGUGAGAGUAGCUGAUGUGCUGACUGCUUAUGGAACAGUGUAGUAGGGGUGACCAAAGAGCAGGCUCUGUGGCUACAUGAACUGUUCAGCUUUUGUGUAAUAGUUGAGUAUAAAUAAUUUGCAUUCGCUGUUUUGUAUAAAAUAUCAUAAGUAAAGUACCAUAUGAGAACCUAAUACUCUUUAAAUGAUACCAGCUAAUCAUAUCAAGCGAUUUUUGACGAGUUUUUAACCUUUGAGAGCUACCAUCCAGACACAUUUUGGAGAUUUUCUGUGGUUAUGAUUUAAUGGUACUAGACUUUGGCCUACUUCCCGUGGUAUUUCGAGAGUUCUCCAUGCCCAUCCUCGUGGAACUAAGGUUUUGUCUCGUGUUGGUCCUGGAAAAUGGCUUUAUUAGGCUGAUGCGGCACGCUGCAUGAUCCAGCGUACAUGUUGAACAUAGGAGUCUGGUUGUGCAAGUGGACACAGUGUGAAUGAUGGACCUACUGUUUUAGUUUCUCUGCAUUCAGAUUAGCACUGUACAUUCUUAUAAUGUUAUAACCUUAUAACUAUAAAAAUUUGCUUGAAUACCAUAUAUGUAUGUACGUUUUUUCUUGUAACUACCUGUUAUUUUGCAGCUCAUCCCAGAAAUUUUUGUGUUUAGUCACCUCUGUGCCCUGUUUAGGGUUAACAUUUGAGUAGCACAUUUAUUAGUAACCCACCAGGACGGUCAACCGGUUCACUAAAAGGAUGCCACCUGGUAACUUAUCCUUUGUGUACAAAUAUGGUGAGAGUUAAAAAGGGGGCCAGAGUGUGGCGUAAGCUGGUUUCUUUCCUUCUGCAUUUAUUUCCGGAUUGGUUUUAUUAGUGUGUUUGCUUACGUAGACUCCUAAAUGGCUUGUUUUUAUUGUGUGGCAUGGGCGUUGAUAAUUACAAGGUUGGAUCGUGUAGUUGUCUUGAGCCACAGCCGCGUGAGGUAGCUGAUAAACCUUCGUGGUGCAGUGUGCUUGGGGUGAAUCAUGAAUUAGUUUGCGCGAGAUGAUGGUGGAGUGAAUUUUAAGAUUACGAAUGUGACAGUAGCUGUAAAUGUUAGUAGUCUCCGUAGAAUGUGUGUGAGAUGCUUCUCGUAUAGCUUAUUGGAGCAUUAGCUGUUUGCAAAUCAACUAAUUCUUCAAGUAUCAAGUGACAUACUUUUGUAGCAGAACAUUUGAUUUAAUAUCCAUGUAAUUCACCCAUAGUUUAAUCAACUGCAGGUGUAUAAAACAUUUGUCAAUACAGAGAUAUUUCUGCCCCUGCUUGAUUUUUUUUCUUAUUUAAUAAGUUGGGAGCAUUCUUAUUGUACCACAAACAAUUCCUUUUGCAUAUUUAUUAAAAUAUUACGUGUAAAAUAUUGUAAUAAUAUUUACUAGGUCACACGUUUUGGCUAAAUCUGUGUUCUAUUGAUUAUAAUAUGUUUAAAACAUCUCUUAAAGGAUUUAUUUUUCCUUUCUAAUUGAAUAUAUGCUUGGUCCUCUGAUUUUUUUUUUCUUCCACUUUACUUUUUGUGUCAUCAAUAUGUAACUGCAGAAGUCUCUGAAAUGUUUGACUUCGUGUAUGUGUUCAAAAUGUGUGUAUAUCUUUGUAUGUUGGAAACAUUUUUAAAGCUGGACUAUAAAGAUUUAAUUUUUCAGAUAAGGUUUUUUUCAUUGCUAACUAAUGAUUUUUGGAAAUGGAUUUUUUUUUUCCAAUUCAAUCUUUGUUAGGUAAAUUUCUAUGUACCUAUUUUAAUGGUUCAGUAUUGUAGGUUACCUCACCUUCUGCAAGCUUUGUCUAAAAAAAGUGUUUGAAAAAAUAUGAGUGAGUGAUGAUAACAGUGGAGCACAUUAAUCAAUAAUCUGUAGUGUUUUACUAGUCAUCAUUGUUAAUGCUAGCACCGAAAAUACAUAAUUAAUUGCCUGUCAUACAUCAAGGUUAUUAAUUGGAAUGUGGUGAACCAGUAUCAAGUACAUGUUGAAACAAUUUUUUUUUAACUGUCCGCAACAUUAAAAAGAAAUUCCCCAAUAAAAAAAACUUAAGACUAUGGUCCUAUUGAAUUAAUCUUGUGUGCACAGUGCAUGAGGAGGUAACAUGUUAAACCUUUUAGAGGAAAACUUCAGAAGGGGGAAACACCUAUAACUGAAGUAAAUGGAAUCUUCUCUCUGUGUAAGAGAGUGUGUGUGUUUUUCCUUCCUUACUUACUUACACUAAAUUCAGUGAAAUGCUGCUUUGCAGUAUUACAAUUCAACGUUUCUCAACAUCUCAAGAUUACAAUGCCACGGAACUCUUUUACAGGGGAGCUAAAUCAGGCAUGCCUGCCAGGUGGCUCAGCAUUGAUGAGCACAAAGCACAUUCACAUUUUAAUAAAGUACUUAUUUCUUCACAAGCAUAAUGUAAUGCAGUUGGAAACAGCAAGUAUGUUAUGCUGCAGCUCUAUUCUCUUUGUAAUAGAAAAAAUUGGCCUUUAAUCCUGCACGUUAGAUAGGGACUAUGGUCUGAUUCAGAAUAAACAGUUUUGCUGAAUUAUGUGAACAUUAGUAUAGUUUUGUCAAAAUAAUGGCAGAUUAAAGAGCGCCGGCAGUAAUUAUGAUACAAGUUUGUUUACACAUUUUGCAUAGUUUAUUUUAAUUGGUAAUUUACAAGUGUAAUAGCUUAUGUAUUGUUAUAAGUUGAUAUUUCCAAUUUUCUGGAUUUUUGAUGUAAUUAUUUCCAAGCAAUACUUAAAAAACAGACUCGUGAAUAAAGUACAAUUUUGUUUAUUCAGAUGUCACCCAAUUUUCCAUUUACGUGUGAAUGGUUCCAUAGGCAUCUUUUACUCCAAUGUUUUUGUAAUUUAAAUGUACUUGAAAGAAGUUGUGUUUGUUAAGUAGUCAAAGGCAUAAUGUGUAUUGUGCGAUGCACAAAUAUAAUGCUUGGUUUCUUUCCCCCUCCCCGCUACAUUUACCAAAAAUCAUUUUGAUAAAGAUUUCUCUUAUGGUGUUGACUUUUACCCGCAAAUAUUGAACUUCUGGAAACUUGCUCCGUGAUUAUUGAAAAACGUUUUCGGUUUUGUAUCAGUUAUCGGAUGUGUUUAAGAAAUGUAUCUGUAAUUGGAUUGAUAUCUGUUUUUAUCCAUAGUGGUGGCCCUAGACUUUGCAGGACCCUUUUACGGAGGCAUAAUGUUUUGAAAAGGUUACUAACUGGAUUAUUGGGGGGGGGGGGGGGGGGGGGGGGGGGGGGGUGUUAAGGAGUAUGGAAACGACUCCACCAGGCUCUCCCGUGGAAAAUUUGAAAAAUAAACUCUUUCAAAAGUCAUUUUUAAGCAAAUUUUAAUGAUGAUUUUGCUCAUUUACCUUAAAAAAUUUUGAAAUUCUUUCCUAAUAGAUUUUCCUCCAAUUAGUUUUAUGAAUUCUUAUCAUAUCAUGGCACUAAGGAGGCAAUAUAAUAUUUGAAAUUUUUUCUAAUGCGACAUUAUGAAUUUAAAUUGGUAUUGAUCAGUGCUUUAAAUGAUAUAUGCUAAUGUCAUUUUAAUUUUUCUGUUCUCAUUAAUGUAUCAAUGUUGAACAGAACAAUAUAAAAACAAGGGAAUUAAAAAUGAAAUGGGCCGGCACUGGGCCCCAAUAGUCGCGCCCUGGGCGAUUGCCUGGCCCUGUAGCUGCCCUUGUUUAUCCGUGUCGCCCAUCACUCCGUGUUCAAUGUCCAGCAUAUCGUUUAGUCAUAAUCAGACUAGAAUAAUAAUUAUUCAAUAGAAUUGUUAACUUAUUGCCGAAUUUGUGUUCCAUUAUGAAAGCAUAGGUAUUUUGCCAAAGGUUUUGUCGUAAUUGUGAAUUACGGAGAACUUAUUACAAAUGGGAACAGAAUAUAAGUUUUUUUGUGCACUCAAUGUUAAAAAUUUUUUAAUCAUUACACUGUUAUUUUCUGCAGUACUUACUGCCUUGUUGGUUUAGAAUUUAAUUGACUACAUAUACAUUUGUAAUGAUUUGUAGCUCUAGUAAGAUUGGAUUUUCAGACAAGUUUCUCCACUAAAUUUGUGUCAAUUCAAUUUUUGGUAUUGCUAUAGAACAUUUGGAGUUCAUGUUAAGCUGGAAAUUAUUCUUGUAUCAUUUAGUUCCUCUUCACGCUGUUUAAUUUAAGGCCAUAUAGUAACUUAAAUGUUGUUCGCAUAUGUAGGUUUUUUGAAUCAAAAUUUAUUCCAGUCUUUUACAGGUUGAAAGGUUAGAUUCCUUGUAAAAUUUUAAAUCCUUCCUCACUGCAUAUUCUUCACUUGAUAAUUUUAUUGAUUGUUGGUGCUGGUUCAUCCUAUUCCUAUUCUAAUCAAUGUUAUACUAUUAUAAAUUUGGUACAGACAGCAAAAUGGUUGAAAAGAUUGUGAUAAUUAGUAACUUUUAUAUUUCACACGUCUGUUUUUAUAAUAUCCCUUCUGUACUGUACCAGGCAUCUUGAGAUGAGUGUAAAAACUAACUGUAUUUAGUUACAGUUUUAGUCCUAGUACGGCAAGUAGUCAUCGAAAUGAACGGUGCAGCGUGAGACAAUGCACAACUGUUUUGUUAGUGAAAUUAUUGUGGAAAUUUCACAUAGGUUUUCACGGUCAUAGUUUUCCAUAACAUCUAUAACUUUAAAUAUCUAUGUAUAUGUUUUGAGUGUUUAAUGUAGUCCUUCUGCCAAGUCACUUUCAUUACUUCCCUUGUAAUGUUACUUGCUUGUAAAUAAAUUUUACUUUUUUAUUUUAUUUUACAGCAGUUAUUUAAUUUUUAACUUGUAUAAACCACAGCCAUUACUGCUCAUGUUUUUAUAAUGCCAGGAUAUUUAAUAUGGUUUUUAUGUAAGGUGGUCUCAUCUUAAAAAAGUUUGCAUUCUCAAGUCGGUUCAGUUUUAGGGGAACAUAUUUGAUUGCCAUUUCUGGAUCUUAUCUGCAAAUGAAGUACAUGAAACUAUGUAUAUCAGAUGUGGGAAAUGGUCAUUAGUGUACUUUUCAGUGAAGUACCAAAAAUUAUGUGUUUUAACAUAAUUUUGUUUGUACGUGGGUUGAUUGACUUGUGAUUUAGUUAGUAAAUUACUAAACAAUUUAACAUGUAAGUUUUUGAUGUGGCAUUAUAUCCUGUGUAUAAGUGUGUAUGUGGUAAUUUUUUUUUUAAACAAUGUUACAUUGUUGGGGAAAUCUUUCAGUAGAAUGUGUUUGCUCAAAAAUAAUUGAUCAUCUUUUAAUUGUGUCAUGUUUUAUAGGGUAAAUGCAUUUUGAUUGUGUGUGAUGAACUUGGACGUGAACAUAGUGCUGGACAUUUUUGCAGAAUUUUUCAUUUGCUAUUGACAAAUGAUAACUUAUCACCAAAAAAAAGUAAAUUGUUUGAAAAUGUAUUUAAUUGUAGUACUUUAACGUACAUUAUAAUUUUGUGGUGCUACAGACAGUUCAAAUUGUGUUGUUUUCAGUUUUUUUUAAUUUUUUUUUAAUCAUGUGCGGAAGGCUUUUCCUUCAUCUGUUGUAGUGCCACUUUGUCUUUGUGACUGUCUACUUAUUUUACUUCAGUCCUUUUCCAUUCUUGGCUUCAAUUUCUUUGUAUCCUUUCUUCGUUUCAUUUUCCAAUUUAGUGGGGGGAAAAAAACAUAAGAAUUAAAAUUUAUGUCUUGUACAUUAACUAAACUCUUAGUAACUACUAAAAUAAUGUAUUUGUAUUUGAGAAUAAGAUUGGAUUUCUCAAGUAGAUCAAUCGGUUAAGCUUGUUUCUUCAGAAGCCAUCUUGUCCCAGAUGUUUUAUCAGCUGUGUCCUGUUGCUGAAAGUGUGGUGGAACUGACUGCUGUAUUUCAUUUGGUUCCUUUCAAGGUCACAACUUUUGACAACCUCGAAAAUGUUUGGUUGUAAAAUCUUAGUUGUAUAAAGUGUCACUGUUUUUAGUUUUCCCAGUAGAGAAGGGGCUUGUGAUGUGUAGCUCUGUAACUUGUAUAAUAUAUUUUUAAUAAUGUAUACAAUGUGCAGUCUGUCAGAAAAACAGGCUUUAUGUUGUGCUGUAUUUACUCUAAGGUUUUAUUUAAUUUAGCUGUUUGCAUGUACGUCUGUUAGUGUGUUAUUACAGUAACUCAUUAUUUUUUUUUUUUUAUCAAGAUCCAACCAACAAACAUGAUGAUAUUGUAGCUCAUUUGUCAUGACUUUCUCACUUAAUACUGUUUUGCUUUUAAUGUUUAUUCAUUCUUUUUCACCCUUGAAAUAAAACGUGAUUAACCAAGUAAGAUCACAAUGAUAAAAUAUUCCUAUUACACAAAGCAUAAGCUAAAAAUUAAUUAAAUUUUAACCAUUCUAAUUGGGAAUUCUACUAACAGAACCCUGCUCCAUUACUUAAAAUAGGUGAAAAUAAAAUGCAUUCUUGAAAAUUAAAGUACCAUAAAAUGGGGCUAAAUUGCUCCACUUUUUUCCCAUUUUUUACACUCUCAUCAUGAAAUAUUAAAUGUUACUUUGUAUAAAGUCACACAAUUUUUUAUGAUAUACUUAAAGGUUAGGAUAACAAGUACACAUACCAAAAAAUGCUGUAUUUACCAUUGACAAGCCAAAAAAAAUUGUCAAAAAGUGGGGCAAAAUCAAACAUAGGAGUGGCAACUUUGCCCCAGUCUGUUAAAGUUAUGCUAAAUGCUAAAGAAAAUUAAGUGGAGCAAAGUUGGUGGCUUAUAUUAAGUAUCAGUAAAUAAUAUAAAUAUGUAUAUGCUAAUGUACAUCUGCAUAUUUUAUGCUCCUGUGACGACAUUAUUGAUCAAUUUCAUCAACUUUACAAAAUAAACAUUUUUUUUAGAAACUGAUUUCUACUUGCAAGGAAACUAAACAGUUUUUGAAAUUGUGAUGAAAACAUAUCAUUCAUUAUAGUAAGAAACAAGUUUGGGAAGUCUAAAAAAAUCCUCGUUUGUUUAUUUUAUGGGGAGGAUUGAUGCCGAAAAUUAUAUCCCUGCACUCAUAAAAAAGUUCAUCUUCUUUUUCAGGCCAUCUCCAUGCUUUCACAGAUCUUUGCAUGGCACUAAUAGUUGCACCAUUAGUAUGAAUGUUUUUGAUCACUCCAGGAUAAAGAUGGUCAUCACAACGGAAGACAACAAAUGUUCCUUCCUGUUGAUUGAUUGGCUUGAAAAUGUCAUUUGAAACAUUUUCACUUUCCGGAUCAUCUUCAUCUUGUCGUUUCAGCAAUUGUUCCUGUCUGUAUGCUUCCCAACCUUCAUCCUCUGAAGAAUCAAGACACUGAUAGUGGGAACUAUCAAGUAGCUCACGUCUUCGUUUGCAGUUCUUAUUAGUCUGGGAUUUGUUGGACGGUCCACACAAAAGAGACUUCACUUCAGCACCACUCGGUACUUUCACUGGAAGUUUAGAAGUCUCAUCAUAACCUUCUGCGUGGGAAACACUUUGACCUGCAGGAACACAGAUUUUUUUCCUUCUCUUGGGAAUCUGCUUGGAUUCAAUUGUUCUAGCACUCUCAGGCACAUGCAAGAAGGCCUCACUCACUGCUUCCUGGUGGACGUCCUUUCUUUCUAUGCGCUCUAGCAGUGGUUCGACAUCACAUGGAACAAUUCCACACUUUUUAAAACCACUUUGUAAGUUUUUCUUUUAGUUGGGUUCCAAAAUUUCGAGGGCAUUUUUCAACAAGCCUGGAAACUGUUGUUUGGGAAGAACUCCACUUUGCAUGCCUUCAGGUAUCAUUUUCCACUUCAUCAACACUUUACACCGUGCUACUUUCAUAGGGUGAAAGAAAGCAACAUCUAACAGCUGUGUCAAAUGGGUGCUGUUCGCUGGAAGACAGACAAAAUGAAUAUCAUCUUCUCUGCACUUUUGGAAAACAGUAACAUCCAUGUGAGUGGAUAAGUUGUCAGCUAUAAUUACUUUUUAUCCUGGAAGUCUCUUCAGUCUUGGUAGUAAAGUGGUUUGGAACCAAUCAUUAUAUGUACGUAAUUGAAUCAAACCAUCCAGAUUUGGUAUGAUGGUACCUACAACCUUUUGGUCCUCCCUCUGUCCAUGUAGUCCAAAGUUGUGAAGAUUUGUAUACCACAUACAGUGAUAAGAUUUCCCCAGCAGCACUUCUGCACAUCAUUAUAGAUGUACUAGAUUUAGAAAAGUUACAUAUCUUCUCAGGGUAUUUAACCCCACGACGACAGAUUACUUUUCGCUGGCCUGGGUCAUCUGUCAAGUUUGUCUCAUCUAGGUUCCAUAUAUUUUCUGCUGGUACAUCUUUCACAACUUCUUUCAAAUUACUUAUGUAGUCUCUUAGUGCAGUCUAAUCAACAGUUUCUCUGCAACGUUUAAUAUUUGCAGCGAAAUGCUCACUCAGUUUAAGCUGGCGAUGUAGAAAUGACUUUAUCCAAUUUAAAAUUAUUACGAAUGUAUCUCAAUUUAAAUGCACCAAUUUGUACAUGGACAUGUAAACCACAAGAAUAUAUCAUCUUAAUACGUGGUAACAUGUCCAGUUAGAGAUGAUAAUGUUUUCAAGAAUACUAAUGCUCUGCCAUGCUCUGCGGUUUGAUCUGUUACUCUUUCCUUUUACAUAUUAAAGGGAUUGCUAAAAUUGUUCAUCCACUUAGACGUGGGACUUUAGACGGCAGCAUAGAGUUUCUUCUCGUGUCAGUGAAUGCCUUGGCCUGCACUUAGUCUGUGUGUUGUACUGGGUAAGACGGGAAGGGAAGAGAUUGUGCUUUCACCACGUGUACAUGACACACACACUUGAGGCCAGCAUCAGGAGUCACACAAAGGAGUUUAAAAAGACAAGACGUUCCUGUAUUUCUCCCAAACUUGCAGAGUUAUUUUCUCUCUCUUUCCAUCUUGCCAUGUGAGUCUGUAGUGUUUUUAUCUGCAUUUUUAUGAUCUUGGCAUCAAGUUGUAUGGUACUUGCACUGCAUCUAUCAUAAAAUUGAAAGUCUAAACUGUAAAUCCUGAAAAAGUAAAAAUUAUUUAAAUCAUAAGCACAGGAAUAAUGUGUGGAAGUAUGCUUUAUUUUUAAGGUAUUUAGUACAAAGUUCCAAAUUUUUUCAAGGUAACAACCCCUUCUCAGUAUGUCAACCUGCACAAUUAGGCAUAAAUGUUUUUAUAUCAUCACAUUCCACCACUGGCUUUAAUGGGCGUUUCAUUCAGGAACACUUUCAAAAAUAUUUACAAAAUGCCCAGGUAUUAAAUAAGAGCAUUGCAUAAGAAAGGGUUGGAAGUAAUAGUGUUUCACUGAAAAAAUUGUGAAAGCAUUUGCCAAGAGCAUAUCAGGAUCCAAUUGCAGUUUCACAAAUAUUCACGUUUAUUGUUCAAAACUUUGAUGUUUUAAGUAUGGAAUGUCUUUAGUUGCUCUUUGGCAAACUAUCAAAAUUGGACCUGGUGAUAUAAUGCGAAGGUAUGACAAGCCAGCACAUUUUAUUUAGAUUUAGAUUUUAUUUCUGAUUAAGUUUCAGUCUUCUGUAGCAUGUAACUUUCUCUCCAAGUUUAUUGUGUUUACAGUUUAUGUACCACGAUAGCCGUAACUACUUAUGAUGUGUUUCUUUACCCAUAUUAAUCCAUAUAUGUGGUGUUAAAAGCCCUUGGUGAUUAAUGAGUUGUUGAAAGUUUCUCCAAACUAGACAGAUAUGUUGGGAUUGUAUUCCUGUACUUUUAAAAUAAUAAUUUUAAUACUUUUUUCUUCUUUUUUUAGAUGUUUUUGAAUGCAUUUUUGUUUGUUGAAAUAAUUUGUGAGCAUCAUUUUGAAUUCACAAGCUCCUGGUAAUGUAUACAUUUUCUAUGGUUUUACUACCUUCAUUUUCGAGGUCUGGUUCUCACGGUUUUGCAGCUACAUUAUUGUGUCUAUAUUUUUUGUUUAUUUUUUAUGUAAUUUGCAUAGUUACUAUGAAGAUAUUAGCUGUCUGUGUAAAAUUAUUUUUAAACUGUGUUUUUUUGGUAGCUAAGCAAGACUCCUUUUGUAGUAUGUACAUACUGUGUAUUUGUGAAUAACAGUGCAAAAGUGCGUGGUAUGUGCUUCCUUGUCUGAAGCUGAAGAAACUCUGGAACUCUUGUUGUGACCAAAUGCCGAGCCGAAAAUAGUGUGUCUUAUUCUAGCGGCGGCUGAUCGCUUGUGGAAAGUUAUACUAGUUUGGAGGAGGAUUUUUUGUUGUAUUUGCUCAGUUUUAUUUAUGACAGGUAAAAUCGUGGGAUUGAAAUGCAGUGGAAAUAUUUACUGCUUUUUUUAAUAUUGAUAAAAAUGAGUGUAAUAUUUUUUAAUUUUGCCUGAUCUGUAGAGCAUUUUGUAAACAGAUGAGAAGGUGCAGAAGUCUUCUAAUAUAUAUAAUAUAUACAUU